AAACCUAAAAAAGCAAAGGUACUUUUAUUAGGAAAAAAUGGCGCCGUCCGCCAAUGAGCAAAUGACCACAAGUAGGGUACACACCCCACAUGAUUCAUGACACAUUUACACGCCCCAAACCCCAAAACAACGUUGGAUUAGCAAUUAUCAAGGAACCCACCACACGAGAACAAGAACCUAAUAAUUUUAGAUAAUCCAUCAUUCUUGAUUUUUCCUUUCUCAACAACAACAAAUAAAAAAAAAAACUAUACAUAUAACCCUCAUUCAUAUCAAAUCAAAUCAACCCUUUUCUUGAUUUUGUUUUUUGGAUUGUGGGUGUUUUUUGUUUUUUGUUUUUUGUUGAGAUGGCACAAAAUGAGCAGAAUAGUAAUAAUCAUCAAGGGUUAAUAGAGCCUGCAAUUCUUGAUGAUAUAAUUAACAGGUUAUUGGAGUUAAGGAAUGCAAGAACUGUUAGGCAGGUUCAGCUAUCUGAAGCUGAGAUCCGUUCCCUUUGUACUGCUUCAAGGGAAAUCUUCCUUCAACAACCUAAUCUCCUUGAACUUGAAGCCCCCAUCAAGAUCUGUGGUGACAUCCAUGGCCAGUAUGGUGAUCUUUUGAGGCUUUUUGAAUACGGGGGAUUUCCUCCUGAGGCUAAUUAUUUGUUUUUAGGGGAUUAUGUGGACCGUGGCAAACAGAGUUUGGAAACAAUAUGCCUUCUACUUGCAUACAAAAUUAAAUAUCCUGAGAACUUCUUUCUCUUGAGAGGAAAUCAUGAAUGUGCUUCUAUUAAUCGGAUUUACGGAUUCUACGAUGAAUGUAAGCGCCGAUUUAACGUGAAGCUGUGGAAAUGCUUCACCGAAUGUUUCAAUUGUCUUCCCGUUGCUGCUCUCAUAGAUGAGAAAAUACUCUGCAUGCAUGGUGGUCUUUCUCCAGAACUAACAAAUUUAGAUCAGAUAAGAAAUUUACCUCGUCCAACUGAUGUUCCAGAUUCUGGUUUGCUGUGUGAUUUACUUUGGUCAGAUCCUAGCCGUGAAGUCAAAGGUUGGGGAAUGAAUGAUAGGGGAGUUUCAUAUACUUUUGGUCCUGAUAAGGUCGCAGAAUUCUUGAUGCAACAUGAUAUGGACCUUGUUUGUCGUGCCCAUCAGGUUGUUGAAGAUGGUUAUGAAUUUUUUGCUGAAAGGCAGCUAGUGACGAUAUUUUCGGCCCCAAACUACUGUGGUGAAUUUGACAAUGCUGGUGCAAUGAUGAGUGUCGAUGAAAGUUUAAUGUGCUCGUUCCAGAUACUGAAGCCAGCAGAUAGAAAGCCUCGGUUUUUAUGAGGCAAAAAUCUAUAGCUUGUAUCUAUGUGCUUGCAGAGCACCUAAGGAUUCUUAUAGCUGGCAAAGAGCAGUUGAAGAUUCAGACGAUUUCUGGGAUGUACAUCGUAUGAGUAUGUUUUAGAAAACGGGGAGGAGCUAGUGGUUGGUUAAAAAAGCCUUCUCUUCUGAGCUGAAAAUUCGAGGACCUAACUGUAGUUUCGAAGUGGCCUCAACGCCACAUACUCUCUUUUUUUCUUUUUUCUUUUUCAUUUGUCUUUUUUAUUUAAUUUCGUGCAAUUUAUGACUUAAAACCGUGUAAAUCGGUUUGUAAAUUGCGGUGCAGAUAUGUAGAUUUUUAUACUAAAAAUUUGCUCCGUUGCAGCAACUUCCCUAA